AUGACCGACGUCCCAGUUACCUUUACCAAAGAACGACACAUCAAGUAUUUCCUACGAUGUCUCAAGACCUUUCUUCCCAGCUUAUACACUUCCAAUGACUCCAAUCGCAUGCUUCUCGCCUUUUUCACCGUCGCCGGCUUAGACCUCCUCGGCGUCUUGCAGAGCAAAACCACCCCCGAAGAGCGGCAAGGCUACAUCGACUGGAUCUACCACUGCCAGGUUCCCACGGGCGGAUUUCGAGCCUUCACUGGAACGGAUUUUGGCGCGGAGCAUCGAACAUCGGAGAAUGAAGCCUGGGAUCCAGCGAAUGUACCCUCGACCUUCUUUGCGCUGGAGCUCCUCGUCAUCCUGGGCGAUGAUUUAUCGCGAGUGAAGCGGAGGGAGUGCUUACAAUGGUUGCCGCGCAUGCAGCGUGAUAAUGGAAGUUUCGGAGAGGUGCUCGGUCCGGGAGGGAAGAUUGAAGGUGGUGGUGACUUACGCUUUUGCUGCUUUGCAGCAGGCACCCGGUAUAUCCUGCGGGGGAAUGGCGGGGAAGAUGUGGACGGAAUCAAAGACAUUGAUGUGGACAAGCUGGCCGCAUUUGUUCAGGCUUGUCAGGCAUAUGAUGGCGGCAUGGGGGAGGCGCCUUUUUGUGAAGCGCAUUCUUACUCGUAUACACCCGCAGCCGGUCAUACGUAUUGCGCAAUGGGCGCCUUGACCUUUUUAAGUCGUAUGGCCAAGGAUCAGAAGCCACCGCCAGUCCUUUCGCCAGGUGCGAACGAAUUUGAGUCCUUGGUUCGUUGGCUCGAUCUACGAUGUGCAGGCUUCAAUGGACGAUGUAACAAGUUUGCUGACACGUGCUACUCAUUCUGGAACCUGGCCACAUUAGAUAUCUUCUACACUCCUACUUUGGGAUGGUCGCCCUCGCGUUUCAGGGAGAAGAAGGGCUAG